UCCUCACAGUGACGAGUUGCAGUCCAUUCCAUCCAAACAGAAAAAAUCUCUGUCGCCGCCGGCGUCGCCGCCACCGCCGCCUGCGCCAUGCUCCGGCUCCGAGAGUCCAUCCUUUGCCAUAUUCUCUCUUCCCCCUCCAAAGCUGGAUUCGCCCCACUCCGCUGUCUCCUCUCCGCCACCGCGUCGCCCCCCAUUUCCCCAAAUCCCAGUGGCUUCGCCGUGGAGGAGUACCUCGUCGACACCUGCGGCCUCACCCGUCCCCAAGCCCUCAAGGCCUCCAAGAAGCUCUCCCACCUCAACUCUCCCGCCAAUCCCGACAAUGUCCUCGCCUUCCUCUCCGGCCUCGGCCUCUCCGGCGCCGACGUCGCGGCCGUCGUCGCCAAAGACCCGUUCUUCCUCUGCGCCGGCGUGGAGAGAACCUUGGUCCCCGUCCUUGACGGCCUCACCGGCCUCGGCCUGUCUAGUCCUGAGAUUGGCCGCCUCGUCUUGCUCGCCCACCACAACUUCCGCUGCAGAUCCAUCGUCUCCAAGAUGCAGUACUAUCUGCCCCUCUUCGGCUCCUGCCACAACUUCCUCCGGGUGCUCCAGCGCUCGUCCUACCUUCUCUCGUCGGACCUCGACAAGGUGGUCAGGCCCAAUGUUGUGUUCCUGAGGGAGUGCGGGCUAGGUGAUUGUGAUAUUGCCAAGCUGUGUGUCCGUGUGUCGAGGAUGCUCACCACCAACCCGGAGAGGGUCCGGGGGAUGGUGGCAUGUGCUGAAAGAUUAGGCAUGCCCCGUGGGUCUGGGAUGCUUAGGCAAGCGCUGCAGGCUGUUGCGUUUCUCAAUGAGGAGAAGAUCGCCGACAAAGUGGACUACUUGAAGAACACGUUCAGGUGGUCUGCUGCUGAGGUAGUCAUUGCUUUGUCUAAGGCUCCGAUGCUUCUGAAGAUUUCUAAGGACAUGCUACAACGCAAAUCCGAGUUCCUGUUAUCUGAGGUGGGGUUGGAACCAGUGUACAUUGCUCAUCGAUCAGUAAUUCUCUGUCUUAGCCUGGAGGGGCGGGUCAGGCCCCGGUACUAUGUUCUAAAGUUCCUCAAGGAAAAUGGAUUGGUAGAUCGCGACCUGAGCUUCCAUACUGCAGUCAAUAGGCCCGAGAAGUAUUUCAUGGAGAAGCUCAUAUCCCCUCACAAGGAAGCUGCACCACACCUCGCUGAAGACUAUGCAACCGCUUGCAAAGGAGAGAUGCCAACUAAUUUGAGAUUUACAUGAACAAAGAAGGGCUAUGGAAAUUGGUUACUGCGUAUGGCAUAACAAAGUCCAACCUCUUGUUUUGGUGUUCUUUGCCUAACAUGAUGUUUUGGUUGUUUUCUAUAGUACGUCUUGUUACAUGCCAGUUAAUCAUUGCUAAAUGCUAACUCCCUAUCCCUAUGAAGCUGAUAAUUUAAUUCCCAAAACCUGCUA